AUGGCGCCGCCGAAGCGCUCGGCUCCGUUCGACGACGACGAUGACGCCGACGACAGCGCCCAUCAUCUCGGCCAGAGCAGCCGAGCAACCUCCCCUCCUCAGAGCUCAUCGAACAAGAGACGACGAACAAGCGAUGAGUCCUCAGUACAACGGGACGCCUCAAGCGACGUGGACGACCGCCAGAAUGUGAGCACUCCGCCCUCCGAAAUCGACUCUGAGGAGGAUGGAGAUGAUGAUGAAGAGGCCAUGCUUGCAGCCACGCAGGCGGUGGAAGCAAGAAAGAAUUCGAAUCGCACAACCAAUAAUGAACCCGCAGCUCAUGGCAUUCUAGAAGCCGUGGAAUUGGAAAAUUUUAUGUGCCAUGACUACAUGGAGUUUAAGUUGGGCCCCCUGAUCAAUUUUAUUUGCGGCAAAAAUGGCAGCGGGAAAAGUGCCAUUCUUACCGGAAUCGUCCUGUGUCUAGGAGGAAAGGCCUCCACCACAAAUCGAGGUGCAAGGCUUCAAAAUUUCAUCAAGGAGGGCAAAGACCAUGCCCGCAUCCUCUGCAAGAUCAAGAAUCAGGGCGACCAUGCGUACAUGCCAGAGUUGUACGGGAAUACCAUUCAAGUUGAACGGUACUUUUCACGUACCGGUACUAGUGGUUUCAAGCUCAAGUCUGAGAAGGGACGAGUCGUUUCGACACGGAAGUUUGACCUCGAGGAAAUAUGUGACCACAUGAUGCUACAGAUUGACAAUCCCAUGACGGUGCUUUCACAGGAUCAGGCUCGACAAUUUCUCGGCUCGUCCGGCCAGGGUGAGAAGUACAAGUUCUUCAUGAAGGGUGUACAGCUUGAGCAGCUCGACCAAGAUUACCGCGUCAUUGAGGAGCAACAAGAGAACAUUCGCGCAAAAAUCGAAGACAAGCUUCCGGACCUGGAUGAUCUGAAGAAGAAAUAUGAGAGAGCCAAGAACAAGCAGGAAAUAUCCCAGAAGUAUGACAGCAUGUUGGACAAAGCUCGUGAUUUACGGCGCGUCAUGGCGUGGGCCCAAGUUGUCGAGCAAGAGAAUAUCCGAGAUUCUUAUGCAGCAUUGGUUCAGGAAGAAGAUGCGAAGAUAGCACAGGCGGAGGCCCGAUUGGCGGAGGUGGACGAAAUCUUCCAGCAAUCUGAUCGGGCCGCUACAGCAGCCAGGGAAGCCUACGACGCUUCAAAUGAGGUGGUCCGACAGCUACAAGAGGAGAGGAAUGAAGCAAAGGCACAACAAGAAGACAUCAAGAGGGAGACCCAGGAGGCGGUGGCUGAACAGCGCUCGAUCCGUGCCGCUCUGAAGGAUGCCGACAAGACAAUUCAAACCAAGAAAGAAGCCAUCCAGCUGGAGGAACAACGGUUGGCCGAGCUCAAUGGAGGUGGUGCUGCCCAACGGAUAGCUGCACUCGAGAACGCAAAGAGCACUUUGGAACAAGCGAAACAGGACUAUACUCAGCACAAAAGGCAAAGAGAGCAUCGCUUGAAAGACAUUACGGAUAUGGAAACGGCUGAAAAAGAAGCCGAAGAAGCCAAGAAGGCACAGGAGCAAAGAGUGAAACAACAGGAGCAGAAUCUCAAACAACUGACAGAGCAUCGCAAUUCCCAAGACUUGGCCUAUCACCCGAACAUGCCAUCGUUACUGAAAGCCCUGCAACAAGAGAGAGGCUUUCACGAUCGGCCCAUCGGGCCACUGGGAAAGCACGUGAAGUUACUCAGGCCCGAAUGGUCGUCAAUCCUCGAGAAGUCGUUCGGCACUGGACUGAACGCAUUUAUUGUGUUUGGGAAGAGUGAUGAGAUUCUGCUGAGCAACAUUAUGCGCCGGGCAAAAUGCUCUCUUCCUAUAUUCAUUGCCAACCGACAGCCUCUCAACAUCAGAGAGCCCGACUCUCGCUUCGACACCGUCUUAAGAGUAUUGGAAAUCGACAAUGAGUCGGUCAAGAAGCAACUAGUCAUAGCAAACGCCAUCGAGCAGACUCUAUUGAUUCCUGACAUGUCUGAAGCUUCGGACGCGUUAUAUUCUGGUGGUCGACCUCUGGAAAACGUCAAGAGGUGCUACUGUUUCAGCCCGACCAGUCGGUUGAGGGGAGCCGCGUUGUCCUACCGAAACGGCCAGGCCGCUCAAGACCCCAUUCACGAGUUCCACGGUACACCAAGGAUGCGAACAGAUGUUGACGAUACCAUACGUCGGCAGCGGGAGGCUGUCCAGGAAUCGAAAGAUCAGUUGCGUCAAGCCGAGGAAGAAUGGCGUAGUGCUCGAGAUCGACACGAGAAGUCGAAACAAGCCUUGGUCCGGCAUGACCGAAUGGAGCGUGAAAUGCAGAUUGCAGUCCAAAAGGCAGAAGAUGAACAGGAGCGCAUAGUGGAAGCCAUCAAAGAAGACGCCGUCGAGGGGGGGAACCGGGACGUCCUACUACAACAACUAGCAGAUGCCAAAGAGCAGAAGACCGUCCAUGAGAAUUCCUACCUCGAUUCUGUGGCAGCCCUGGAUCAACUCAAGACAACACUGCGGGAGGCGACUCAGAAGCUGAAUGAACUGGGUGCACGCAUAGCAGAAGCUGAGGCCGCAGCUGCAGAGACACAGGCCGCUGCUCAAAAGGCUGGCAAGAAGAGAGCUUACGACUUGGGGGAAAAGAACAAUGUCAUCGCUCAAAUCGACGACAGCAAACGAGACCGUGCUGAAAUGCAACGUAAUGUGGCUAACAUGGACGAGAAGAUUGCCAACUUUAUUGGACAAGCUCGCGAGGUGUGUGAGCGGGUCAACAUUCCCGAGGGGGAAAACCAUGAAAGCUUGCAGAAAAAGUACAACCGGAUCCAAGCAGAUUAUCGCAAAUAUCACGAUCGUAUCGGAGACCGGGAGCAGAUUGCCGCUGAAGCUGCUAAGUGGUCGAAAGCAUACGAGAGCGCGAAGCGCGAAGUCAAAGGCCUAUCAGAUCUGCGUGACAAGCUCACCGAGACCAUGGUGCAGCGGCGAUAUCGAUGGAAGCAGUUCCGAAACUUCAUCUCACAUAGGUCCAAGGCAUCCUUUAUGUAUAUGCUGAGCGAGAGAGGCUUCCGCGGAACCCUCACUCUGGAUCACAAGCAGAAAUUGAUGGACAUCAGAGUCGAGCCCGACAUCACGAGACGGGAUGGGACGGGACGUAGUGUGCGGACGCUGUCAGGCGGAGAGAAGUCGUUCGCGCAGAUUUGUCUGCUUCUUGCGAUUUGGGAGGCAAUGGGCGCCCCCAUAAGGUGUCUCGAUGAGUUUGAUGUGUUUAUGGACGCAGUGAACCGAUCCACCAGCGUCAAUCUGUUGAUUGAGGGAGCCAGGCAGAGUAUUGGUGGACAAUUCAUACUCAUCAGUCCUGGCACAAAAUCCGACAUCAAGAGAGCGCCUGAUGUCAACCCUAUUGAGAUCGCUGCGCCAGAAAGAGGUCAAACAAGGCUUGUCCUUGCGACCGCCUGA